AUGGAAGGAUUAACUCAAACCAAAGAUGGAACCAAGCUCCUCAAGCUCAACCCAACCAAAACACGCAAGCCUACUAUCCUCAACAUCCCCAAGGUCAACCACAAUACCAACAACCCUACCAAUAAUCCUACCAACAACCACCACAAUCUCAACCUCAAGCGAGGUAUCAACACCCAAAUAGGAAGCAUCAAUGCCAUUACCCUUAGGAGUGGCAACAAGUUAGACAAGAUUGGUGUUGUGCCUACAAAGUUGAGUGAGGAGAUAAACAAUGAAGAGGUAGGAUAUCAAGUGGAGGUGAUGAGGGAUGAGGAUAAAAAUAUUGACAAAGACGAAGAAGAACCACUCAAGGUCAAGGAGCCAAAGAGGAAGAAUCUGCUUGAAGAGCCUAUGCCCAUUCUAUUUCCAACUUUGGCCAAGAAGGCUAAAAAAUAA